AGCUUGCCGCGGGAGACGUGGACCUGAGUAGGGCCAGACGCCGCAGAGGAAGUGAGGUUGGUGGACGGAGUUGGAGUGAGGUUCGUGUCCAGACCGGCAGCACCAUGUCGAAGGUUUCCUUUAAGAUUACACUGACGUCGGACCCGCGGCUGCCGUACAAAGUACUCAGUGUUCCUGAAAGUACACCUUUUACAGCAGUCUUAAAGUUUGCAGCAGAAGAAUUUAAAGUUCCUGCAGCAACAAGUGCAAUUAUUACCAAUGAUGGAAUAGGAAUAAAUCCUGCACAGACUGCUGGAAAUGUUUUUCUAAAGCACGGUUCAGAACUGCGAAUAAUUCCUAGAGAUCGUGUUGGAAGUUGUUAAUAUCUGCUGCUUGGAACAUAAAAUCCCCUUCCAGAAUAAAUAUUGUUAUUGUUAUUGUUGUAAAAUUGGAAUCAGGCAUUUGAAAUCCUAUGAAGACACCAAUAGUUGAUGAAGUAAUGAAAGGUGACUGUCCCUUCUUGUUAUUCACACUCUUCACGUGAAGAGGGGACACUUCUCUGUUGAGGGUGUCAUCACCACAGAAGAUCACGUUACUACCUCACAGCACACACAGGUAGUUCAUUGGGGGUAAAUGGAUUAUCCAACUGUGUCUUAUAACUGGAGGAUGCUUCUGAUCAUUCUUUCUGAGAACAUUUGGAAAAUUAAUAUUUACUGAAUCUUCCUAUUUGUCUUUGAGUUAAUAAUGUAAAAAGAUUAUCAAUCCAUACGUGGCAAUUUGCUUGAUAGCAUCUGACCUGGAGACACAAAAAUAGUUGAAUUCUUCAUUAAUAUCGUUUAUGAUAAAGGAUCACAUCAGUGAAUAACUAUCUUUUUAUCAUUUAGCUUGCUUUGAAGUUUUCAGACUUCUUGAGUUCUUAUAAACUUUAAUUUAAAAAUCAAAGAGCCAAAACUUGAAUUUUCGAUCUAGCCCCUUACGUGUGACAUUGGUAUCCCACGCCAAAGGGUUUAAUUGAGACUGAAGUAGAAGCAUCAGUUGCUGAAUUAUGCGUUCCUUUAUUGAUCUCUUUUUUAAAAAAACCUUCAAAACAGGAAUCCUCAAGAAACCAUCUUUUUGAGGAUAAUAUAUCUAAAUAGUGUUCAGGGAGAAAGCAUUGUCGUAAACAGGAUCUGACGUUCACAACAGAGCUCAAGGAAAUGCUAAUUGAAAUGCUCACUAAUUCUACUUACAGAAGACCCAACAUUUAAGGAAGUGUUAAGCUUAGUUACUGGAGUGAAUAAGAAGCUAGGAAAGGAAGAUGGGGAAGCCCAGAUGACCAGGCUUCUAGUCAGAAGGAAAGAAACAAAAAUGAAGGGGAGCAGAAAGCUGUAACGAGUGUCACGGAAAAGGCCAAACUGUAUGGACAAAACCGCAGAGGCUGUGUUGGGAAGAACUGAAAGGAAAAUAAAAUACUUGACAUUGUUAUAAGGAGCAGAAGGCAAUCACAGAAAGCAAAGCAUAGGUCUUGUCAACAUACAGAUUUCAAAAUUCCCCAUAGAGAAUCUAAGGAAUGAUAUGCAUAAGGGAAGAUUUAGUUUGCCUUUAGAGAGGACAUCAAUAUCUAUGCACAUCUUGAAAGGUGAAACGAAGGCUCGUAGUGAUUGAGAACCAGUGCUUGACUUGCUGUAUUCUAGAUGGUAAGCUCUGGAGGCAGGCCUGGUGUCUGUCUUGCUCUUUCUAGGCCUGGAAAUGUAGGCCUUCAAUGAAUAUGUGUAGAAUUAUUCAUGAAUAAAGUAUUUCUAAGACCAAUUUUUAUCCAAGUAUGCAUAGGCUCUAGGUUCAUUGGGAAAAAAACAAUGCAACAGAAUCAGUAUCCAAAGAGUAAUAUUGGUUAAGUUUAAGGAAGUAACUAGAUAUUGUUCAUAUAUUUGACAAAUGAACAGCACGAUUCUGAAUUGUAAAGGGAAAAAAAAUUGUGCUGAGGUAGUAUGUUGCUAAUGUUUGGGGAAUUUUUUAUAAACAAAGUCUGACGCUUAAAGACUCCUGGUCUUUAACAACAUUAAGCCUCAGUUAACCAGAAAUUUAUGAAUACCCAGUUUUCUGCAUUUUUUGUUUUAUUUAGAUUUCCCCCAUUCUGUUUCUAGCACAAAAUUCUGCCUAAUUUGUUACAUUAAUAAGUUUUAUGAUGUCUUCUACCAUAAUUUGUUUAAUAUUUUUGUUCUUUGGUUGGAAAAUUGUAUUGCAGUAAGGUCUUAAAAAUAUUUUCUUAAAGAACUAGGCGUUUUGUUAUUAAAUAAAUGUGAUCUGUAACUUCUUUGUGUAGAAUGUUUUGAAGUGUUGUAUUUAGUUUAAAUGCUUUAUUGGUACUCUUGUGAAAAUACAUUUUCUUAUACCAUAAACCAUAUUGUCUACUCUUAUUAUUAGUGUUUAAUUAGCACACCUUUUGAGCCAGUAUAUAACAAAUGUAGCCAAAAAAAAAAACAAAGGGCAAAAAUGAUUAAUGGCUAUAGGUCUUAGAAAUGAAUAUAUAUUUCCAAAUGCCAGUCCAUUUGGAAAAAAAUUCAAGUUACAGUGUCUAUAGUAAGUGUGUAGGUUGGUGGGUCCUAAAUAAACCUGGGGUGAUUAUCAGAAUCACCUCGGAAAUUAUAAAUACAGAUUUCUGGAAGCCACCCCUAAAGUUCUUACUCAUUAAUCUGGAAUGAUGUAUAAGAAUUUCUGUUUAUAAAAGCAGUCCUGAUGAUUUCUGUUUUGCAGCUCAGUUUGAGAAUUAAUGAUAACUUUUCACUUUGUAGAGGAACAAAAUGCAGUGUAAGGGGUCAGAGUAACUAGAAUAUGUUCUAGAAUCUUGGGAAGUGUACAUCCCACUGCUUGUUCCUCCAGUAGCUAAGUGCAGAGAUGCUAUAACAGUCUCUCUCACUCACCGGUAGUAAAGCCUCCUUUUAAAGUGUUCCACGUCCAAUAGUUUUUUGGAUAUUUUAUUUCUUAAGAUUAGUUAUUUGAAAGAAAAGCCAGUGGGAAGAAAACUCAGUCCAAUUUAAGCUCCCCAGUCCCCAAAUUAAGACAUUAAAAAUACCCACCAUGUCUUUACCCAAAGACCUAGAAAUAUUUGUAACUUGAAAGCAUUUAUGUACUCUAAUGGAGCACUUAUAAAUUAACUGACCAAAUACUAGUGUUCCCAAGGCUAUUUAUAAACUGCGUAUUACAUAUGUAAGUCAUAUAUAUGUGUAUGUAUACAUAUAUCUAUUUUAUGUAUUUACCUAUGGAAUUAGUAUAUAUAUAUAUAUACACAUAUAAUUUACAUAUGUAACUCAUCUAAAAGAAAUGUAUUGCACAAAUAUGUAUUGAAUAUGAAUACACAGUUUCAAUAUGUAUUGAACAUCAAAUAUUUUGAUAUUUACUUUCACGUCUCAUUCUUCACAACAAUGCCAAAUUAUUCCCAUUUUACUGAAGAAGAAAGAGGCUUAAAGAGGUUGAGAUUUAAAAUUUGACUCCUUGUUUGACUUUGGAACUCUCCAUACCAUACUGGGAGAAUUUUUCAGUAUCUUUUUCACAAUAUACUAGAUCUAUAUUGAAUUAUAAAUGUAAAAAUAUAAGAGAAACGCGUCAGGCCUAAAUUCUCAUUUCAGAGUACCAAGUAUGUGUGUAAUCAUGAAUG